AUGGAAUCGUCGAACUCCUGCACGUUCGACGUCCAGAAAUUCUGGCUCUACCAAACAUUUGCGCGAUAUUAUGUAGUUGGAAGAGGGAGGAAGAGAACCUUGUGGAAGGUGUUUUCAAUUGACAGAAUGGAACCUUCCGAUCUUAAUAUUUUUGAAGAUCAAACCACUUAUACGGCAGAAGAGUGCUCUGAUCUUUUGAAAAGAAUACAUCAGGGGAACAGAUCUAUGGGUGGUCUUAAAUUAAUUACCAUUGGCUAUGGAAUAGUUGGAUUCAUACGGUUUCUAGAACCAUAUUACAUGCUAAUAAUUACCGAGAGAAAGAAAAUAGGCACCAUGCUUGGGGCUAAAGUAUACGGCGUUUCUAGGAGCAUGAUGGUUAUAAUUCCAAAUCCUAUUGUAAGGACCAAAAAGGCUUAUUGCAAUACGGAGAAAAGAUAUCAGAAGCUUCUUAAUUCGGUGGAUCUAACCAAAGAUUUCUUUUUCAGCUACUCAUAUAAUGUUAUGCGUAGCCUUCAAGAUAAUUUAAAUAAAAAUAAAACAGAUCAAAAUAUUUAUAAAUCAAUGUUCGUGUGGAAUGAAUAUUUAACUCGAGGAAUUCGAAAGCAGCUCAUGAAUAAUAAUUGGACAGUGGCUUUAGUGUACGGCUUUUUUAAACAGAUUAAACUUUCCGUAUCUGGCAGGGACUUUGAUUUAACUCUUAUAGCUCGACGUUCACGUCAUUAUGCCGGUACGAGAUUUUUAAGACGAGGGGUAAAUGAUAAAGGCAAAGUUGCAAAUGAUGUUGAGACAGAACAAGUUGUUAGUGAGAUUAUGUUUGAAGGACGAACAUUGCAAAUAAGUUCCGUCGUCCAAAAUAGAGGCUCAAUUCCAAUCUUUUGGUCACAGGAAACUUCUUUAUUGAAAAUAUUCAAUCCAGUCGUUAUAUUACCGAAGCAAGAAGAUUAUAAAGCCACAAAACUUCACUUCAAAAAUCUUGCUGAGAGAUACGGGAACCCAAUAAUCAUCUUAGAUUUAACUAAGACGCGAGAAAAGAAGCCUAGAGAAACUCUACUCCAUGCCGAGUACGUAAAUGCUAUAGGAUGUAUCAACGCAGAACGUUCAGAGGAAAAUCGUCUAAAAUUUCUUCAAUGGGAUCUAAAACAACACUCAAGAAGUGAAGCUUCAACCGUAUUGUCAAAUUUAAAAGGAUUGACAAAAUUAGCAUUGGACUUGAAUGGAAUAUUUCAUUGUCAAGUGACUCGAAAUUCACCAUCAGAGGGUUCUGCUCGGCCCUAUCUCGAAGAUGUAAAUAUUAGUGAAAAUAAUACCAGUGGGAGCGAUGAUGCAAACGGUAAAUGUAAUGUCAAAAUAAAAAGAGUUCAAAAUGGAGUUCUCAGAACCAACUGUUUUGAUUGUUUAGAUCGAACAAAUAUUGCUCAGUAUGCCUAUGGGCUUGCUGCUUUAGGACAUCAGCUUCAAACUUUUGGAUAUUUAGAAUCACCGGACAUUGAUCUAGAUGACCCUCUUACAAGACACUUGAUGGAUAUUUAUGAGAUAAUGGGAGACAAGCUUGCUCUCCAAUAUGGUGGUUCACCUGCCCACAAUAAGAUAUUUUCUGAGAGAAGAGGUCAAUGGAAACCAACGAUUGAGUAUGCAGAUAUUAUUAAAUCUGUUCAAAGAUUUGUAAACAAUGUGUAUAUGGACGAAGAGAAACAAAAUGGCAUUGACCUGUUUUUAGGGAACCCUCCUCCUCAGAAGCGCACGUUGCUGCUGGAUCCAGACACGCACAAUAAAUGGAGGUCUACCAUGAAAAGAUCACUCUCAGAUAGCAAUAUUUUCUUAGAAAAUGAAAUUCCUACGACCAAACAAGAUAGUGAACUUUUACAACUAUUGCACGAAGAAUCGCAAAACAAAUGUCUCGUCGAGUUAAUGCCAGAAAUCUCAACCUAUUGCAGGUACACAAGUCCAGAAUUUCCCGAGGUAGUUUCUGGUUCUGAGUCAGAUUCUAAUCAUGAAGAUACAGAAAUGAGAGCAACCUCGAGAUUUCUUACCGCAGAUUGGUAUUCUGAAUCGAUUUAUUCCUGUGAAGAAGACCUCUAUAACAGAAUUAUGAACUUCUCGGGAGAAAAUGGAGAGGAUAGUUGCUAUCCGAUAUUUGACUUUGGAAGAUGGAUUACAAGGGGAGGCACUUUUUACCUUUGA